AUGGCAGCCAAACCGGUCACUCUCCACGUAAAGCCUCGAGGUAGGGAACGUCGAAUGUAAUUGCCCAAUCGAGUACAUCCCUCUCACAAGUCCCAUAGGCAAACCCAUUCCCAAGCUCCCCAGGGAAACAAGCACCUAUAUCCAGGGCAGCACCCGCGACCUCUACCACCGCAUCGCUGCCGAAUCCCGCUUCGACAUCCACCGUCUCCGGAUCACAAAGGAAGAUGGCACCUUCGUACCCAACGACAAGAACACCACAAUCGACAGCUUGGAUCUGAAAGAUGGUAGCGUGAUCCAAGUCAAAGACCUCGGUGCGUGGCCUUUAUCCCCCAUCCGCAAUCAACAUCCACACAUGCUGAUCUAUAUCUCUGAUACACAGGCCUCCAAAUCUCCUGGCGAACCGUCUUCGUAAUCGAAUACCUCGGUCCCCUCCUCAUCCAUCCCCUCUUCUACUACCUCCGACCCUACAUCUACUCCGGCGUCACCAGCCCGCCCUCCAAUCUGCAAACCCUCUCAUGCCUCACCCUCAUCCUCCACUUCCUCAAACGAGAACUCGAGACCCUCUUCGUCCACCGCUUCAGCAACGCUACCAUGCCCGCUUUCAACAUCUUCAAGAAUUCCAGCCACUACUGGGGUCUAGCCGGUCUCCUGAUCGCUUAUUUCACCUACUCUCCGACCGCUCCUUCCACCAGAGACGACUACCCCCUCGUCACGUACAUCGCCUUGGCACUCUACGUGGUCGGCGAGCUAGGCAAUCUGAACACGCAUCUAGUCCUCCGCGGUCUGCGAUCAGCUGGAGGAAGCGAGCGCGGGAUUCCACGAGGAUUAGGCUUCGACUGGGUCACGUGUCCGAAUUACAUGUUUGAGGUGAUUGCUUGGGUGGGCAUGCUGCUGAUCACGAGGUCUUGGGCCACUUUGGUUUUCAUUGUGGUUGCUGCUGUGCAGAUGGCUCUGUGGGCCAAGAAGAAGGAAUCGAGAUACAGGAAAGAGAUGGGUGCCAAGUAUAAGAAGAAGAAAUUUGCGAUGCUGCCUGGUAUCUUCUGA